AUGGAUAAAAGCACUCCGGAUGAAGACAAGAAAGGACAUAAUCUUUUUAUAGAUGUGGAUCUUGUCCGAGGUUCUGUGUUCUCCAAAACAAAACCCAGACACCGAUGGGUACAGGUAUUCUUCUGGGGCGUACUGCGUACUGCAUUUGCACCCCUCUACUGGGACUAUUGGCGUGAACACACCUCUUCUCGGAUGGCCGCGUACAUUAUGUUUCACUUUUUUGUACAGUUUCUCCAAGCCAUCUGUUUUCUGUUGAUUGAUCCUGAGAAGAGUAAGUCUUUGGAACACGAACAACAGUUCACUCAUAUCCUGGGUCGUGAAACUGAUCCUCCACCCGGGCGAUCUCCGAAUGUUGUCCGUGGCGGUCGUGACCGGGUUCAUGCAACGGAGAUGGCAAUCUCUUCUUCGAAUGAGCACAAGGAUGGUUCACCGAAUCGAAUGGUUGUGCGCCAUCGUCGAACCAAUUUACCUCACGCAUCAAUGGAACCGGAAGGACUUUCAUCCGAUGCGGAUGAGGAGGAGGCCGAAGAUGAAUUCGAAAAUGUAAACACCGGAUUCCUUCUACCUGGUAGCAUGGAAUCCGCUCCUGCCGAACGUCAUCCAACCUCGUGGUCUCGUGGUACAACUCGUAUUCGAGGAAUAAUUACAAAUCGUCCGAAGCCGGCGCCGUUGAGACUAAAGACGGCCUCUUGCCUGCCAGAUUCGGGGCACACGACAGGUGAGGAUGAAGCAGAUUUGUUAGUACCUGCUCCUGAACUCGCUGAAAUCCAAGUGGAACCGGAACCAAACGAUCAUAGUCCUUGCUUGGAUGAAGCCUUGUCAUCUGCUGAUGCUCGUUCCAAUCUGUUUUCACGGGAUCCAUGGGGCAGUCCAAAUGCCACCUCCCUUUUCUCUCCCACUCGGGGCCACGAAGCUGAUGGUGAAGAGAGUGAAACGGAAUUGCACAAUGAUCAUCAUACUCGACCAGCAGUUGUUGUUCUGAAGUCCGAAAAACCAAAUCUACAGUCACCCCAGAAUGCCGACCAAACAGAACCAUGCUGUUUGAUUUCCGAUCAAUUUGCCAAACAGAAGAAGACAAACUCGGCAUCAGUUGACCGGGUAUCAUCAAAUCCUCUCAAGGUGCAACGCUUAUCCGGCUCCAAUCUGAAUGUGGACCAUAUGGAUUCUGUAUUGGUCCCAUCGACCGAGCCAGUUAAUGUGGAAGCAAUCAGCCUGGAGACAAUCAUCCCAUCAAACGAGCCACUAUUCGCACCCAAAUCGCCCGGCAAAUCCACUUUGACUUGGACUACGGAUUCCGUCCAAACGGAUCAUUUGUCUGAUGCUGCGGAAAUAGCCUUGGAGUCACCAGCGUCUAUCUCGACGAGUACCGUGUUCGCUGAUCCGAACAGACUCUUUAGACGUCCACGAAUUCGCAGUUGGUCCAUUGGGCUCCCGGUGGAUCAGCGUCAUCAUCGUCUACAAAAUCCGGCAUGUGUAACCAAUUCCUCAAUCGUUCCCUUCUGUUACGGGUCUUCGUUGGGCCUGUCACACACCAUGUUAUCCAUCAUUUCGGACGAUCAACAACACUGUUGUUUCUGGGGUAUUGGAUCACUUAGCCGCAUGGUCAAUGCGGCUCGACGUCUCUCCUCACCGACCGUGAAACCCAUCCCUCUGGGAUGGGAUUCCAUCGGUCGUGACUUCAGCUCUAUGCAAGCACUGCGUGCACCAACGAUGCAGUGUGGUGUUCCAGUGACCAAUCAGGUCGGGGGAACACACGCAUCGCAUCGCCACCACCAUCAUCAUCAUCUUGGUCGUGCGUCAGUCAGUGACUUAUCAUCGGCUCAGUCCACAUCAUCGACUGGUUCACAGCUGUUAAAAGCCAACGAUCGCAGCGGACUUCACCGAGAUUUGGAGUCCGUCCAUGGAGUUGGUGCAGAAUUGUGUGCUAAUCCAAAAUCCUCAUGGAACGGUACUCCCGAAGACUUGGGACCAUCAAAAUCAAGUUUCCUUUCGUCUAACCCGAAGGCUGAGUUGGGGAAAAUGAACGUGUCCGUUGAGACAUCAUUUACGCAUACAAAUCACAACGGUGUUUUAAUGGAUACGGGGCCGCGUUUCAAGUAUGAUUCAAAGAAUACUUCUUUUGAAGCGUCGGGACCAACUGUGAUUGACGAACAAGAUGAGGACGAUCGAUCUCCUGUUGAUUCCCAGCACGAAAUGCUGGAAAACACUGAUUCGUUUUCCCUAAAUCGCGGCGCCAAUGAAGACACGUUCACCACACGGAGCCGACAACGGGCCAAUUUCUUGCAGCUAUUCCUCCGUCGGGCCCACAACUAUCGCCAGCAAAGUCGUACCUCGACCGAAGCUUUGGACAAAUCCGGUUCUCGCGUACAUCGGUCAAAUCAGCUUUCAGGAAGCGUGGCUCACACGGGUGCACCGGCCACCCGAUUCGCAGACACAUUUUCUAGAAAAGAAGAACUCACUCGACUAGAUCCUAGUCUACGAAGGCGAAUACCGUCAGGCUUGCGCCAAAGCUCGAUGACCGCUUCUCAGAGCAUCUCUUCCGGUUUUCAUAACAAAUCACAAGGUAAUCCGAUUGGUGCUUCCAUGGGUGGAUCGAUGUACAACUGGACGACAACGUAUAACAAUGUGAUCGACAGAAAGGCAUCGUUCAGUACUCGGGGGAAAAAAAUUAAGGUAAUUCAAAUCAUCGCAAAGGUGCAAUGCAUGUGCUCGAUCAUGGUGUAUACAUUUGCCCAAGGCCACCCUCCAUCCUCAUCUUCUCUGGCCCUAGCUCUCCCAUCUUGA